GUGCCAAACUACAAGACAUAUCUCAUUCUACAUUAACAACUUCAACAAAGAAACAAAAAGAAAGAACUUCAACCAACAAACACAUCUCUAAUAUUCAUUCUUUGAUAUUAAUUCAAUCAUCAUGGCAAAUGCCAUAAUCAGCCCUCAAUAUUGUGCUCCAGCUACACAUCCCAUUGAUUUGAUAAUCACAACAGAGAGGACUGUGAGAGAUAACUUCACAAUUAGAGACAUCAACGACAACAUCGUUUUCACAGUUAAAAGUUCUCUUGUAACCAUCGUAACACCCCGCCAACACCGGUUCUUAUUUGAUGCUAAUGGAAAUCCCAUUCUUCAUCUCCGUAGAUCGCUUCUAGCAGCAGAUGAUUGUUGGAAAGCAUAUAGAGGUGAAAGUACUGAGCCUAAGGAUCUUAUCUUUACUAGGAAACGUUCAUCAUUGAUGCAACUAAGGACCAAAUUAAAUGUGUUUUUGGCAAAUAACAACACAGGAGUUUGUGAUUUCACUGUCAAAGCAAAUUUAUCUGGACAAUCUUGGAAUGUUUACAUUGGUGAAUCCAACAACGUUGUUGCUCAGAUAAAUAAGAAGCUUGGCACUAUUGUUAGCAGGGAAAAGUUCAUGGUCACUGUGUCUCCAAACAUCGAUUAUGCAUUCAUUGUGGCUCUAAUUGUGACACUUGAUUAAGAACCCACAAGAACAAUGAUAGUUCACACGUUUCUGAUGAGCUAAUGUUACAUAUCACUUCAGCUUCUUCAAGUUGUGUAUUUUUUGUUUCUUCUUGUAAUGAAAUGUAAAGAUAUAUACUCUAACUGAACUUACAUAUAAGCAAAAAGAUACAUAUAUUUCGUCUGAAA